AGGCUGUCAGUCUCUCUGCUCCCUGACAGAGAAUAACUCUGUAUCUGCAGAGAGGAACAAUUGUGUCAGAAGCUAAAUUUUGGCGGCUUUUAGUGUUCGUCAGGAUGAGAUCAGCUGGAGUUUUUCUUCUCAUGCUGGUCCUUUUCAUCGGCCACUCGUUGGGUUUGUCUCUUGUUGAUGAGUCAUCGGGCAAUACCACUGAGACAAGGCGGAUCAAUGACAAAUAUCUGGGUCCAGAUGAGUGUGUGGAAAAAAAAUUUACCCGAGCGUCCUGUGGUCUGGUGUUCUGUCCUCCGUGGGAGCGCUGCAUCGAUGGACAGUGUUCCUGUAAACCCCCGUACCUGUGUCCCGCGGUGGGCGUGACCCCGGUCUGUGGGCACGACAGGAGACAGUACCGCUCCUACUGCCAGGUGAUGGCGCUCUCAUGUCGGACCCGGCAAGCCGUCAUGUCCCACUUUGGGACAAACUGUAAAGCGCCGUUUCCAAAGUUCAGAAGUUCGAUAGACGCAGCGAGCGGAGUGGUCACGGUCUCCCUUCCUAUCCCGGGAACCGAGGACCCCAACGGGAUAGAGACCCACCUGGUGUGUGAGGAGGACUGGAACAUGGCCGCUGCCAACGUGGUCUGCAGGAAGCAUGGGAAUCCACUGGGUGCCCAGACUGUUGGUGUAGUUUCAAACAUCAAAGGCCGCUGUGUCAGCAUCCGUUGCCAGGGUUACGAGAACUCCCUCGCCGAGUGUGAAAUCUACGGCAAGAGUGAAGUCGGCAACGGGUCGGUCGCUACUGCAACCUGCUACAAAUUACCACCAGAUGGAGCAGUGUGUGAGCACAAGUGUGUAAACUCAAAGUGCGUGUUUAUGAACCAGACGUGUGACGGAGUGGACGACUGUGGCGACCGCAGUGACGAGAUGUGCUGCAAGGAAUGCAGGAACGGAGCUUUCCGCUGUAAGACGGGCGUGUGCGUGCAUAAAGAUGCGCUCGCUGACGGACAGAUGGACUGUCUGGAUGGCGAGGACGAAUCCACCAAAGUCAAAUCUCUGCACAACAGACCACAGGUGCUCCAAAACUCAGAAUACGGCUCUCCGAAAAAUGCGACGGACUACGACAGAGAGGUUUUGCAGUCCAAGUUAUACUGUGGGAUUCCCAACUCGACCACUGUGGAAGACGAGGAGGUGGAGGAGCGAGGAAGGGGCGGCCGCUAUAGGAGAGUGGUGGGAGGCGUCCCGUCCAAACCAACUCAGAUCCAGUGGCAGAUCGCUCUGUGGGAGAACAGGAAGAUCGACUGUGGAGGAGCUUUUAUCGGAGGCUGCUGGGUCCUCACCGCUGCUCACUGCGUCAGUUCCAACCCGACUGGGUACAAGAUAAAGUUUUCUCUGUGGAAGAGGUAUCGGGCUCAGGACACCACCGACAUUGUUCCGGUUCAAAACAUCUUCGUCCACCCAGGCUACAACGCCUCCACCUACCAGAACGACAUCGCCCUGUUGGAGCUGGAGAAGCUUCCGUUCACGGACAAAUGCGUGGAGGACAACCCCGCCAUCAGCGCCGUCUGCGUCCCCUGGUCGCCUCAGAUCUUCCAGCCCAAUCACACCUGCAGCAUCUCCGGCUGGGGACGGACAGCAGACGGCAGAACGGCUCAGGUGCUGCUCUGGGCCAACGUGUCCAUCAUCGACAACUGUGAGAGAUACUACGGAGACCGCUUCAAAAAAGGCAUGAUGUGUGCAGGAGACCUGGACGGCGGCGUGGACUCCUGCCAGGGGGACUCUGGGGGUCCUCUGGUUUGUGAGGACGAGCUGGGCGUGUCCUACCUGUGGGGCAUCGUCAGCUGGGGAGAGAGGUGUGGUCAGCCAGGGUUCCCCGGAGUUUAUACACAGGUGGCUCAUUACUUUGAGUGGAUCAGACGUCACACAGGCUGGCCCGCUGUCACAAAGUACAACUCCUGAUGAGAACUCUUCAACCGUCUUCAUUAAAAAAUAAUACUACUCACAAACUCUGAAUAGCAUUUAAUUUGUCCACUGAUUUUAUUACAA